AUGCAAGCAUCAACUAAUACGCAACAAGAGAAUGUACAGUCUACUGAGACCAAAUUGUCAAGACAGGCACAUGCACAAAAAAACAAAAAACUUAACCAUGAUCAAAAUCAAAUUGAAAUGCUUC